GUGUAAGGCAGUGUUAGAGGUGACAGGUUGGCUUACCAUCUAACCAGUAAACCAGCUGUUCAUAAAUCUAAUGAAUUAUUGAUAUUUUAUUAAUCAAAGCUAAAUAAUUGCAUAAUUGAUAUUGUUAAUAAUUUUUAAAUUAUAAAAAUGAGUUCGGGUGAUUGGGAUGAAGUGAAACGUUUAGCCGCUGACUUUCAAAAGGCUCAACUCAGUUCAACAUUACUAAAGUUAUCUGAAAGAAAUUGUGUUGAAAUAAUAACAAAAUUAAUAGAAACAAAUUUAUUGAGUGUUUUAUUUACAGCUGAUGGAAAAGAAUACAUAACACCACAACACCUUGAAAAAGAAAUAAGAGAUGAAUUGUAUAUGAGCGGUGGUAGAAUAGAUUUAGUUAAAUUAACGAAAAUAUUAAAUGUUGACUUUACUCAAGUAUCGAAAAUAGCCACUGAAAUAGAAAAGCAUGGCAAAGGAGUGAGAAUACUACUGGGUCAGCUGAUAGAUCAAAGUUAUGUCACUAAAAUAGUCACGGAAAUAAAUGAUAAACUAAACCAAGUUGGUCACAUAAAUAUUGCUGAAUUGACGGUUCAUUAUGAUUUACCUGCUGAUUUUUUACAAUCACUUACUGAGAAAGCGCUGGGUAAAUCCAUUCAAGGACAGCAGGAUAAGCAGGACCCGAAAUUUUUUUAUACUGACAAUUUUAUUGCACGAAAUAAAUGUAAAAUUCGCGGAGCGCUUACUGCUAUUACAAUUCCUACACCACUGUCUGCUAUUAUUGGUCAAUCCAAUGUUCCUGAGAGAAUUUUUUUCUCUAUUUUUGAUGAUUUACAAAAUACAGGACAAGCACCUGGUGUAAUUACUAACAAACAAAUAAGUAGCGGAGUUUAUGUACCAACAAUUUAUUCUAAAACACAAUCAGAAUGGGUUUACAAUUUUUACAAACAAAAUGGCUAUUUAGAGUAUGAUGCGCUCACUCGCCUGGGAAUAAAUGACGGAAAAAGUUACAUAAAACGUCACUUUCCACAAAACACACCGAUACUAUUGGACAGCGUUGCUGUGGGUCCAGCAAUAAUUGAUCAAAUAGAUGCCAAUAUUGAAGAAGUUAUUGCUACAAGUUCAUUCGUUGAUAUUUAUCCUCUUAUGCCAUCAGUUUUUUCACCCGAGGAUAUUGAGAUACUAUUGAAAGACGCGCAGAAACGUUUGAAAAAAAAUUUUCAUAUUUUUGUCACUACUGUCAUUGUUUCAGAGGCCUUUUUACAUAAUUUAAAUAAUAAACUCGAAUCAAUUGCCGAAUUAAGAGCCAAAGAGGCUGUCAACAGCGGCAAGUGGCUCCAAUACGUUGCUGAGAGUAAGAUAAAAGCUAAUAAAAAUAAUGACAACAAGUUUGAGAGUAGUAAUAAAAAAGAUGACCGGAGAAAGAAGGCUGCCAGUGGUAAAGCUGGAGGUGGAGCUCAAGGACGAGAGACUAAAACUAAAUCGACUAAAAAAAAAUAUCAUCAGGGAAAAAAUAAUGACAAUGAUUAUGAUAGUGACGAUAAUAAACCCAAAGUUUCUGAUAAAUUUGAAUUGAUAUUAUUUUCAGCGCAAGAUUUGAAAAUAGAACUUAAUAAAUACGAAAAUUUAUCUGAUAUUGAAGAACUUGUUGAUGAAUUGACUAAUUAUUUCCUUGUAAAAUUGAAUAAAUUAUCAUUUAAAUUAGCUGAGCAAUUUGCGCAAGCUACCAAAACAACAAACUUCAGCGAUGUUGAAGAUAAAUUAAACAUGUUGAUUACAAACAUCCGUAUAUUUGAGAAAGGGAUUAAAUUAAUAGGAAACAAAGAUACUGUUAAUUCGUUGACAAAAUAUUUAAUCAAAACACUGGGUAUUGAUUUUAUAAAUGAGUUACUAAAGUUAGCAGCUGUACAAAAUGUUUUACAGUGUCCGACUAAUUUAACGACAGAGUCACGACAAAAGAUGAUUCUUGAAUUACCUGACGAUAUUAAAACUGAUCUUGAAAAUGUUAAUAAAGCGGUCGCAAAAGGAUCCAUUGAAGAUUUGUUAAGUUCUGCUGAUUCGGCGAUGGCUGCCUGUUGCUUAGUACUGAAGAAAUUUGAUAAAAAACGUGAAAAAGCUGUUAUACUUGGUCACAGACAAGCUCUUCUAGAGGAAUUAAAACAAACAGAAGAUCCUGCUCUGGCUCUUCACUUGACAACCAGUAUUUUAUUUACUGCUGCUACUCAGUCUGCUCUUCACAUGUCUGGUAGACACGUUUCUUCUGUUUUAUCUUUUCUUCAAGCAUUUUUAAUUCCUGAAACUUGUACUUUACUCAUGGGAUAUCACGAUCACGUAUUGGAAUUACUGAGCUCCAAUGAUGCAAUAGCAAAAGAAGAAACACGGAAAUUAUUAGAAAAUGACUUGGAGAAAUUAAAAGACAUCGCGUAUAAUUUUAAAGAUCAAAUUAAAAACUCCGAAAAAAAUGAAUGACGUUGAGAAUUAUUUUUUGUAAAAAAUAAAUAUAA